UUAUAUUUCUUCCGAACUCUAAACACAUUUAAAGCAAGGAGUUUAUGCUUAAAAUUGAUGUUUUUUGGUCGAUCGUUUGCGCUUAUGUAGCGGUAUCAACAUUUCUGAUGGCACAUGAAGGCAGCAACCGUGGAAUCCUAAUUGGAGGCAGAUUUUCAGCGCGAGGAGUGGCUUCUUCAAGUUCUGCUUCCCCAGACAGCGGAGUUCCUCCCAGAUGGACGAAAACACAACAGGAUCUGAUACUUUUGGACACAAAAAGGAUGGAGUCAUCAUGUCUGGACCUGGCUCUGGAAGGUGAGCGACUCUGUAAGGCUGGUGACUAUCGUGCCGGUGUGUCCUUCUUUGAGUCUGCCAUCCAGGUUGGAACAGAGGACCUUCAAAUCCUUAGCGCCAUCUACAGCCAGCUGGGCAAUGCCUACUUUCACCUACAAGAGUAUAACAAAGCCCUGGAGUAUCAUCGGCAUGACCUCACACUUACCAGAACAAUUGGAGAUGAACUUGGUGAGGCAAAAGCCAGUGGCAAUCUUGGGAACACAUUAAAGCUUUUAGGACGGUACGAUGAAGCAGUGGUUUGUUGCCAAAGACAUUUGGAUAUCACCAGAGCCAUAUAUGACAAGGUUGGGCAGGCUCGAGCGCUGUAUAAUUUCGGGAACGUUUACCACGCCAAGGGCAAGAGCAUCUGCUGGACUGGAGCCGAUCCAGGAGAGUUCCCAGAGGAGGCCAGGAUAGCCCUGGGGAAAGCUGCACAGUACUAUGAAGCAAACCUGUGCCUGGUGAAGGAGUUAGGUGAUCGGGCAGCCCAGGGUCGCACCCAUGGUAACCUUGGGAACACUUACUAUCUGCUAGGUGACUUUAAAAGAGCAGCAGCUGCACAUGAAAAGCGGCUGCUCAUCGCUAAAGAGUUUGGGGAUAAGUCUGCUGAGAGGAGGGCCCACUGUAACCUUGGAAAUGCUCACAUUUUUCUCAGCCAGUUCGAGGAAGCGGCUGGCCACUACAAGAGGACUCUGCAGCUGGCCAGGCUUUUAAAAGACAAAGCAGUGGAGGCCCAGGCCUGUUACAGUCUGGGCAACACCUACACACUACUGCAGGACUAUGAGAGAGCCAUUGAUUACCACCUCAAACAUCUGGUCAUUGCUCAGGACCUCACUGACAGAGUCGGUGAAGGACGAGCGUACUGGAGUCUGGGAAAUGCCCACACCGCCCUGGGGAAUCAUCAGCAAGCCAUGUACUUCGCUGAGAAACAUCUGGAAAUUGCCAAAGAGACUGGAGACAAAAGCGGUGAGGCGACGGCCAGGAUGAACCUGUCGGACCUACGGCUGGUCGUAGGCCUAAAGUCCAACUCCAACACCCACCCCAACAUCUUCCGCAACACUAACAGCUCUGCUCUGCCAGCAGGCUCCCAGAGUUUCCACAGCCACCAAUUUUCAGGGGUAAAUUCUCCAUCAAUGAUAAAAGGCAGUGCAGAGAACCUGGGACUGACUCCAAGUCCUGACAAAAAUCAAACUGGGGAUUCACCGACAAAUCAGGACUGGGAGGAGGAUGUAUUCCCCGGGUCUUCAAAAAACAACACAAUCAAAGCGUGUACUAAGCUCUUCCUCUUCCACCGGUUGAAAAGCAAGAAGCACAAGAACAACAAAUCCUCUCCUAAAGACCAGCAUGAAAACUGCACCGAGCCCUCAGCCCCUGAGCUGGACACACCAGCUAAGCCAGGAUCACGGGACACUAUUGGAGAGGAUGGCUUUUUCGAUCUCCUGUCUCGUUUCCAGGGAAGCAGAAUGGACGACCAAAGGUGCUCCCUACUGGAUGGCCAGAGCCCUCUCCCUGCUCAUCCCUCUCCCUCCUCCACCCCACCUGUAGCCGAAAGGAAAUCUAUUUUGGAGUGCGAAACACCGUUGCAGGAUCCUGGUCAUUUCCUGGAGCUGCUGGCCAGCUCCCAGAGCCGUCGUCUGGACGACCAACGAGUCAGCCUGAACCAUUUUCCUGGCUUACGUCUCAGCACAUCCAACCCGCCUCAUACACCCUCCACCUCCAGCACAGAUCAAAUCCCCCUACAAGCCCCAAUCUCCAGUACAGAUGCCCAUCACACACCCUCCCUGUACAGUCGCCUCGAGGCAAGUGCUGAGCAGCCCGAGGAGGAUGAUGUCUUCUUCGACAUGCUAGUUAAGUGCCAGGGCUCUCGACUGAACGACCAGAGGUGUGCUGCUCCACCUUCUAAAACUAGAGGACCAACUGUUCCAGAUGAGGAUUUUUUCAGUCUCAUCCUGCGUUCCCAAUCCAACAGGAUGGAGGAGCAGCGAGUCCUGCUGCCUCCUGGUGUCACCCAAUCCAAACCAGACUGACAUCCUUGAGUGAUUUUUUUUUUUUUUUUUCA